CAGCCGAGGAUUUAUAAACACUCGAACCACUGUGAUUUAUUUAGAAGGAGAAUCUCGAUCACCUUAAAAGCCAACGGAGGAAGCACUGCGUCUCUUCAAACUGAACUCUAACUUGUCGGCGCAGGAGAUGAUAUGAGAAGGGAUGAUGCUGCUGCUGCUGGAGAAGCUCACCAUGGACCCCAUGACGGCUGGUACAGCGUCUGAAGUCGCCUCUCUUCUGCUACUCCUGCUGCUUCUGUUUUUGCUGCUCGUCACCACCUGGAGCCGAACACACCGGUCGCUCAUACCUGGUCCUUAUUUCUUGGCAGGACUCGGCCCGAUUCUCUCCUACAUCCGAUUCAUGUGGUCUGGGAUUGGAACAGCAUGCAACUACUACAACAACAAAUAUGGCAGCAUUGUCCGAGUGUGGAUCAAUGGAGAAGAGACUCUCAUUUUGAGCAGGUCCUCUGCAGUGUACCAUGUUUUGCGGAGUGCCCACUACACGUCCAGAUUCGGGAGCAAAAUGGGGCUUGAGUGCGUUGGGAUGGAAGGGAAAGGCAUAAUUUUCAACAAUGAUGUCCCACUCUGGAAGAAAGUGAGGGCGUAUUUUGCUAAAGCUCUGACAGGCCCAGGCCUCCAGAGGACGGUGGGAAUCUGUGUCAGCUCCACAGCCAAACACCUAGACCACCUGCAGGACGUGACCGACUCCUCUGGACACGUGGACGUCCUCAAUCUCCUGAGAGCCAUUGUGGUGGACAUCUCCAACAGGAUGUUCCUCAGGGUUCCACUCAAUGAGAAGGACUUGCUGAUGAAAAUCCAAAACUACUUCGAGACCUGGCAAACAGUUCUGAUAAAGCCUGACAUAUUCUUCAGGAUGGGAUGGCUGUACAACAAGCAUAAGAGAGCAGGCAAAGAGCUGCAGGAUGCGAUGGACGCUCUGCUUGACAUUAAAAGAAAGAUCAUUAAUGAAACCGAGAAGCUGGAUGAGGAUUUUGAUUUUGCAACAGAGCUCAUCUUUGCCCAGAACCAUGGUGAGCUUUCAGCAGAUAACGUCAGACAGUGUGUCCUGGAGAUGGUGAUAGCGGCUCCUGACACACUCUCCAUCAGCCUCUUCUUCAUGCUGAUGCUGCUGAAACAGAACCCAGACGUUGAGAUGCAGAUAGUGGAGGAGAUGAACACCAUCCUGAGUGAAAGAGAUGUGCAAAAUCUUGAUUACCAGGGUUUGAAGGUGCUGGAGAGUUUCAUCAAUGAGUCUUUGAGGUUUCACCCAGUGGUUGAUUUCACGAUGAGGAAGGCUCUGGAGGAUGACAACAUCGACGGCACGGCAAUCAGGAAAGGAACCAACAUCAUUCUUAAUAUCGGUCUCAUGCACAAGACUGAAUUCUUCCCCAAACCCAAAGAGUUCAGCCUGAUGAACUUUGACAGAACAGUGCCCAGUCGUUUCUUCCAGCCCUUUGGCUGCGGUCCCCGCUCCUGCGUGGGCAAGCACAUCGCCAUGGUGAUGAUGAAGGCCAUCUUGGUCACUCUGUUGAGCCGUUACACGGUGUGCCCUCGCCAAGGCUGCACCCUCAACAGCAUCAAGCAGACCAACAACCUGUCCCAGCAGCCUGUGGAGGAUGAGCACAGCCUGGCCAUGCGCUUCAUCCCUCGAGCAGCACAGCCUCAGCUCAAACCAAUGUGAAACACACAAAUGCUUUCACACGUCAGAUGAAAACAUUGUAGGAUUGAAUACGCUGAAACUCUCAUAAGCUCUAUAAGAAAUGUAUAACUUUAACAAACCUUUAACAAAUGUGAAGACAUCAGCUAAUGCACAGCAGAGGAAUUAGGUUUUCGGGUCCAUUUGAUGCAAUGUCCAGAGAGGAUAUUUGUUGUCAUACAGUCUGAUUUUACUUUACACUGGCAGUUAUGUUUUAUAAUACACAGUUUAUCUUAAACAGGAAUUUGCUUCAGUGACCUGACACAGUAAACACAGCCAUGGAAACUACAUAACGUUAAGUAGUGUGACACAUGCUAAAGAGGUUUAACUUCAUGUCUCUUCAAUUUUUCCAGAUUUUUAUUUAAAAAAAGGGGGUAGUCUGUUCUUUUUAUACUUUGAGGAUAGAAACUAUUUUAGUGAAAGCUAAUCAGUUAUAAUCUGAGCAAUACUGUUUUUCAAUACUCAUUUAAUAAACACAUAAAUAAACA